GGCGGCUUCAGAAAGAGAGCAGAGAAGGGAUGGGGCGCGCCCUCGUCUCCCAAAUACUCUCCGCGACCUCUCCUCGCCUUCUCUGCCCGGCGAGAGGAGCCUUCCGUCCUCGUCUCUUGUUUCGAUGUAAUUGCAGUGUUGCUGCUUCAGAGGCCCCGCAAAUACCCAAAAUGAAAAGGAUUGUAUCCGGGGUCCAACCGACAGGAACUGUUCAUCUUGGAAAUUACCUUGGUGCCAUAAAAAAUUGGGUUUCUCUUCAGAAUUCAUAUGAAACGCUCUUCUUCAUUGUUGACCUGCAUGCAAUUACUCUACCACAUGAUGCUCAAGAGUUGUCUAAAGCGACAAGAAGUACAGCGGCCAUUUAUCUUGCGUGUGGUAUAGAUACUACCAAGGCUUCUGUAUUUGUGCAAUCUCAUGUUCGUGCUCAUGUGGAAUUGAUGUGGCUGCUAAGUUCUGCUACACCUAUUGGUUGGCUAAACAAAAUGAUCCAAUUUAAAGAAAAAUCUCGCAAGGCGGGCGAUGAAAAUGUUGGAGUUGCGCUUUUAACUUACCCAGUUCUGAUGGCUUCAGAUAUUCUUUUAUAUCAGUCUGAUUUGGUGCCUGUUGGAAACGAUCAGCAGCAGCAUUUGGAAUUAACUCGUGAACUGGCAGAGAGAGUAAAUUAUUUAUAUGGGGGAAGGAAGUGGAAGAAAUUGGGAGGGAGAGGUGGUUCAAUUUUUAAGGUUCCGGAAGCCCUUAUUCCUCCUGUAGGUGCUCGAGUGAUGUCACUGACAGAUGGUCUUUCGAAGAUGUCAAAAUCAGCUCCUUCAGAUCAGUCUCGCAUCAACAUCCUUGACCCAAAAGAUCUAAUUGUGAACAAGAUCAAGCGCUGCAAAACAGACUCGUUUCCCAGCUUGGAAUUUGACAAUCCUGAAAGACCUGAGUGCAACAACCUUCUGUCAAUUUAUCAACUUAUUACUGAAAAGACUAAAGAGGAAGUAGCACAGGAGUGCCAAGAUAUGAACUGGGGGACAUUUAAAGGAAAGCUCACAGAUGCUUUAAUCGAUCAUCUGGACCCUAUUCAGCAACGGUACCAGGAGAUCACUUCUGAUGCCGCAUAUUUAGAUGGGAUUCUAUCCGAGGGUGCAAGAAAAGCUUCUGAGAUCGCAGAUGCCACCGUGAGUAAUGUUUACCAAGCAAUGGGAUUUCUUAAGAGAUAGUCCACAGACCCUGUACAUUUUCGGUAACUUGAUUUAAAGUUGACAUUCCAAAUAUGAUGGAAAAUUUUAGUUUUUUUGUUAUUUGUGCGGCAGUUCUUCACAUUGAAUUAUCUAUUGAGGUGUGGAAUCACAUUCUUUGAACUUAGAAUAAGUAUCGAGAUCUCGUUUAAA